AUGUCAUCAGUGCGACUUACAGCAGCGCGCAACACUCGGGCAGCGGGCCGCUGCCUUGCUUUACAAUCCAACGCUUUCACCGUCUCUCUCGCUUCAGCGAAGUUCUCCAGGACACUGGCUGAUUAUUUAGCGUUCCCUUCGAGCAACGUGUUCAACAAUGAGCCAACGUCCAGGCACUUCCAUGCUUCGGCAUUCAAGCUCAAGAAGCAGACCAAGGGAGAGAGCAACCAAAGCGACAAAGUUUCCAAAGAGUUUUCGCAUACUCUGCAGCUUCCAAACACACCUUUCAGCAUCCGUGCCAGUGCUGCCCAACGAGACCACCUCUUCUACGACAGGACAUGUGGAGAGCUGUAUCGAUGGCAACGUUCCAGAACCAGCACUUCCGGCGACUUUGUCUUCCACGAUGGUCCACCCUACGCGAAUGGCAACCUGCACUGUGGCCAUGCUCUCAACAAGAUUCUCAAGGACAUCACAAACCGCUAUCAAGUGCUUCGCGGCAAGCGCGUCCACUACAUGCCUGGCUGGGACUGCCACGGUCUGCCCAUUGAGGCCAAAGCGCUUGCCAACGUCAAGCCGGACAAACGGCACAAGCUGGUGGCGCACGACAUCCGAGAAAGGGCUCGUAACGAAGCAAUCAAGGCGAUCGAGACUCAGAAGAGCGAAUUUGGACAGUUUGGUAUUAUGGCUGAUUGGAGCAACGACGCGACAUACCGGACCCUCGAUCCGGCCUACGAGGCUCGACAGCUGCGCGUCUUUGGAGAGAUGGUACGCAAAGGCUUAAUAUACCGUCAGUAUCGCCCAGUGUAUUGGUCUCCCUCGAAUCGUACCGCGCUCGCUGAAUCGGAGCUAGAGUACAGGGAGGACCACCUUAGCAAGGCCGUGUAUGUCGCCUUCAAAAUGAUUGCCGGACCCGAGCUGCUGCAGAAGCUGGGACAAGACGCCGAUUUCGAUCAUAGGCUCAACCUGAUCAUCUGGACCACAACGCCUUGGUCACUUCCAUCGAAUAUGGCUGUCAACGUCAACCCUGGCCUUGAGUACAGCAUCGUUCGACGAGCUGGAAGAGAAGGACCUUACUAUGUUGUGGGAACGGACCGCAUCGAAGCUCUGCAAGUUCUUCCUUCGAGCAUAGUUGUAGGAGAGAGGGACGCCGAAGGAGACGGAAAAGGACCUACUUUUGGCCCUCUUGAAGAGGUCGCCCGCGUCCGCGGCUCCGAUCUAACCGACUCAACCUAUCGAACUCCGCUGAGCGCAUCAGACAGCAAGCCGCGACCAAUUCUCAUGGCAGACUACGUGACAGCAGUGUCCGGUACUGGACUGGUACAUUCGGCUCCUGCGCAUGGUGCGGAGGAUUACCAAAUAUGGAAGCAACAAGGUCACAUCCACCGAGAUGGCAUCUUCUCCCCGGUCAACGACGAGGGACGCUACUCAUCUGAUAUUCUGCAGUUGGACGCCGCAUCUUCCGCAGGGUCGUCCGAGGAUGACACGAAGCUCGGACAGAGACUGCUAGGAAAAGAGGUGAUUAGCGAAGGCGCCAAGGAAGUGACGGCUAUCUUGCAGGAGCGCGGUGCGCUGAUCAGUGCCCAGACUUUGCGCCACAAAUACCCUUAUGAUUGGAGAUCAAAGCAGCCAGUCAUCGUUCGCGCAACAGCACAGUGGUUCGCCAAUCUGGAUCGCAUCAAAGAGCAGGCCAUCGAAGCGCUGCAAGAUGUCACGUUCGUACCGAUAAACUCACGCUCGCGACUCGAGUCCUUCAUCAUGGGUCGAUCCGAGUGGUGCAUCUCUCGACAGCGUGUCUGGGGUGUUCCUAUUCCUGUCUUAUACGACACUGUGACAGACGAGCCGCUGAUGACGGUGGAGAAUAUUGAGCACAUCGCUGCGUUGCUCGAAAGGCACGGCACAGAUUAUUGGUGGAAAGCGGAUGCAGAAGAAUUCGUUGCACCUCAAUACCGUAACGAGGAGCGAUCAUGGCGCAAGGGAGAGGACACAAUCGAUGUCUGGUUCGACAGCGGUACUUCCUGGGCUACACUCAGGAAUCAGAUCGCCGUCGACAAUGCGGGUACUCAAGUGUUGUCGUCGAGUCCAACAAGCGUCGCGGACGUCUACCUGGAAGGCUCUGACCAACAUCGCGGUUGGUUCCAGUCGUCGCUCAUCACGGCCGUAGCGACGACGCCUGAAGGGCAGAAGCCAGUAGCGCCUUACAAGACGGUAGUGACGCAUGGUUACGUGCUGGACAACGAGAGCCGCAAGAUGAGCAAGAGUCUCGGUAACGUCAUUUCGCCGCUGAGCAUUAUCCAGGGCGGCAAGGGUGCGGAUCAGCCGGCAUACGGAGUGGAUGUGCUGAGACUGUGGGUGGCGAGGAGCGACUACACGACCGAUCCACCGAUCGGCAAUGUCAUCAUCAGCAAGACAGCCGAGACGUUGCGCAAGCUUCGAAACACGGCUCGAUUCAUGUUGGCCAAUCUGCCUGCUUCCGACAAAGUGGCCAAGCUCGACAAGGCGAAGAUGAAUCUGCUGGACCGGUUCGUGAUGCAAGAGCUAUACCAGCUGGAGCGAGCAUGCGCAGCUGCCUACGAAGUCUACGACUUUGCUCAAGUCGUCCGACGCUUGACCGAAUUCACCAACGCGACGCUUUCCAACCUAUAUCUUGAUGUGGGCAAAGACAGUCUCUACUUGGACGAGAGCGCCAACGAGCGACGUCAAAUGAUCGUGGCUGUGGUCGACCAGAUCUUGCGGACAAUGACAGGCAUCAUGGCCCCCAUCACGCCGUUCCUGUGCGAAGAGAUCUUCCAUUUCCGCAAUGGUGCCAGCAGUGAUCCUGUUGAAGGAGUCAAAGGUGCCGAAUCGGUCUUUAUUAACGGAUGGCCGAGCGUCGACGAGACUUGGAAUGACAAGAAGGCGGUUGAGGAAUGUAAGCAGUUGUUGAAGCUUCGAGAUGCUUCUCUCGUCAUGAUCGAGGAAGCGAGGCAAGCUUCGCACAUUAAGACGUCGUUCGAGGUGGAAAUUGAUCUGAUCAUCAAGGAUCGCCAGCAUGCAAUUGCUUCCGCUUUGGAUCACUACGGUUCGGAGCUUACCGAGCUUUUCAACGUGGCAAGGGUCAACGUGGUGGAACAAGGUCAAGCAGAGUCUGUUUCCAAGCAGGUUUUCUCCAGCAGAGAAGAUGAGGAUGGAGUCACGAUCCGAGUAUGUCGCUCACCACGCCACAGAUGUCCACGCUGUCGCGCGCUGCGUAAAGACUCGGAAAGCGACCGACUCUGCCGACGUUGUCAAUCCGUUGUAGAUGCCCUCUCUUGA